AUGUCGACUCUUCCUGCCAACGCCACUCCGGAGGAGAUCGAGGAGGAGCUAGGUUACUACGCAAUCUGCAUCAGCACCCUCGAUCCAGACGCCGACGACUAUCAGACCGACCUGGACAGGUAUCAGGAGGUGACAGCAGACCUGGAGAGACGGCUCGCUGCCAUGCAGUCCAAUCCAGGGCCUUCCAAUCCGGGCCACUUUGGUGUGGAUGGUGCUGCCGACCAGCAUUCAGAUGGUGCUUCGUGGUGGCAAGUCGCUAUGAACUCUCGCCCGGCCAGCAACCACAGCACUAGCAGCAGCGCUGCAUCUGUAAAUCAUCACGGUCUUGGAGGUCCUUCUGGUCUGAGCGUGAAUGGCAACAAGCGCACGCGGCCAGAGUCUUCCAACUUCGAAGAUCACAUGUCAAAUAAGCGUUUGACACCAGAGCCGUCUCGCUCGACUCUGACAUCACAUGCUUCACAUGAUUCCCGCGGGCCAAGUGAGAGAGCGCAGAUGCAUCAGCGUGCCGCCGAAGCCGCUAUCAGAAGACAAGCUGAACUUCAACAAGCAGACGCCGCCUUUGCUCGACAACUCAGCCAGUCCAACUCCUUUACUUCCUCUGGCACUCCAACAUCAUCCAGACCAAGCGUGCAGACCACUAUCAAUCACGACGGCACUUUCCACCGACGACCACCGACUGUUCAUCCGUCACCUUCGCCACUGGCACAGCACCCGUCGCAUUACGGGGGAUCUUCCACACUUUCGCACAACAACAGCAACCACAAUUUCAUCAAGCCUGAGCCGUCUUCAGCUGGGAGUCAGCAGCAACUAGUGCGGCGGCCGCGUGAGCCGCCUCCAGUAGUCGACCUCACUGGUAGUGACAGUGAGGACGAACUCGAAGAGAUAGCUCCAACACGCUUCACACCAAACAGCCGACCGGCACCACGAGCUCCCAACGGCUAUUCACAUGCAGGAAUGAGGUCUUUGCACACUCCAACUCCAACGACUAUGCAGCAACCCAACAACAUGACUAUGCCUGGCGCGUACCCGUCUGAUCGCCCGCCACCAGGAUUCCAGACCUUCGUCAAUUCAGCACCAAAUGGGGGUCGUGCUCAGAACGGCGGCCCCAGCUCUGCUGGCCAUGUCUACAGGAGCCCCUUCCUAAACGACGCCAUGUCUGGGAUCCGAAACGCCUCAGCGACCCUUGGCAGUCAGAUGCAAGAGCUCAGCAACUUGGUGUACGGCUCAAGCCGUUCACGUCCGCUCGAUCUUGACGAUGACGACGAACUCAUCUACGGUGGUUCGCGUCAACUCGGCAAUUACGCCGGAAACCAGGCACUGUACGACGAUCGCUAUGCGGCGUUGGCAAACUACGAUCCUGCAAAGUCCAAAGCAGAGAUCGAGGCGCUGCUAGAGAACAUCAGACCUGAUGAAGAGAUGCCGGCUCAUUUGAGGGUCACUACACCUCGAGACAUGAACGUCCAGCUUCAUAAGUACCAAGAACUGGGCUUAACUUGGUUGAAGAACUGCGAAGAGGGCUCUACGCGGGGAGGAUGCCUAGCUGAUGAUAUGGGUCUUGGAAAAACGAUUCAAAUGCUUUCGCUGAUCGUGGAGAGGAAAUCAGAUGAUCCGCUGUGCAAGACCACACUCAUUAUUGCACCUGUGGCCCUAAUGCGGCAAUGGAAGCAAGAGAUUAGUACCAAGAUCAAGCCGACUCGGAGAUUGUCGGUCAUCAUUCACCACGGGCAGUCCAAGAAGAAGAGCUUCAGCGACCUCCAGACUUACGAUGUGGUGUUGACGACCUAUGGCAGUAUUGCAUCCGAGUUGAAGAAGCUGGAAGCGUUCCGCCGUCGCCAGGUCUCUGACCCCGAUGCGCGCCCAUAUCCUCGCGAAAAGUGUGUCCUUCUGGACCCUAAUGCGAAUUGGUAUCGUGUCGUAUUGGACGAAGCCCAGUGCAUCAAGAACAGGAAUACUCAAACCGCCAAGGCAGCAUGCUUGCUGAGGGCCAAAUACCGAUUCUGUCUCUCCGGCACCCCGCUACAGAACUCUAUCGUAGAGUACUAUUCACUCGUCAAAUUUUUGCGCAUCAAGCCAUACUGCGAAUGGGAGAAGUUCCGCAUUGACAUCGAUACGCCCAUCAAGUCGGCUCAUGACGACAUCAGGGCCAACGGUAUGCAGAGACUGCAGGCUCUAUGCAGAGCCAUUAUGCUCCGUCGCACGAAGAAGAGCACGUUCGAGGGCAAACCAAUCCUGGUUCUUCCAGAGCGAUCUACAACCGUCGACAAUCCCGUUUUUGACGAGCAUGAACGGGCCUUUUACUCCGCUCUCGAAUCUCAAACACAACUCACGUUCAACAAGUACCUUCGCCGUGGACAAGUCGGCCAGCAGUAUUCUGCUAUACUUACUUUGCUCCUAAGGCUCAGACAGUGUUGUUGCCAAAAUUUCGGGAUGAAUAUCCAGACGGAUCUGAACGAGGAGCAGAUGCUCGACUUCGCGAGACAGCUCGAUCCGGCUGUGGUCUCUCGGAUCAAGGAAGCUGGUGGCAACUUUGAGUGCCCUGUAUGCUACGACGUGACAUCCAAUCCCGCAUUGAUCAUCCCCUGUGGACAUGAUACGUGCGCUGAAUGCUUCAGUCGCAUUGUUGACCCCGCCAACGCCAUUCAGAAUGGCGACGAGAACGCGGGCGCUCGUUGUCCGGAAUGCCGGGGACCUAUCGAUGCCAAGCGCAUUACAGACUUUCUCAGCUUCAAAAAGGUCCACAUGCCCGAGUUGCUCACGCAAGAGGAGCGCGAGAGCUCAGAGGUCGUUGAGGAAGAUUCCAGCGAUUCGGAUGAGAGCAGUAGCGAGGACGAAGACGAAGAAGAGUCCGCGGAUCCUACGCUUGACGGCUUCAUAGUCCCUGACGAUGAAGACGACUACGAGCCCGAAGAGGACGAUGAGCGGGAAGAAGGCGCUCCAGGUCCUUCGAAGAAGAGCAAGCAGUCGAAGUCUACGAGCAAGAAAUCGAAGAAGGGCAAGGGCAAGAAGAAGUCCGUCACGCUCGCGGAGCUGAAGGCGAAAGCCAAUCGCAACAAAGACGCGAAGAAGAAGUAUCUCAAACGUCUGGAGAAAGGCUGGGUGAGCUCUGCAAAGAUCGAGAAGACGAUGGAAAUCUUGAAGGACAUUAUGGAUGACGAGGAAGGAGAGAAGGUCCUCAUUUUCAGUCAGUGGACGUCGUUGCUCGACUUACUGGAAGUUCCCAUCAGUAAGGAAGGAUACGGUUACCGCCGUUACGACGGCAGCAUGAGCGCAGCAGCACGUGGCGAUGCUGUAGACGACUUCCGCAGCGAGCAGAAGAACGUUCGCAUCAUGCUAGUCUCACUGAAGGCUGGGAAUGCGGGUCUCAACUUGAACAUGGCCAGUCAAGUCAUCAUCCUCGAUCCAUUCUGGAACCCUUACGUCGAGGAGCAGGCCAUUGAUCGCGCCCACCGCCUAGGUCAGACUCGGCCAGUUACAGUUCACAGGAUUCUGAUCGAAUCCACGGUGGAGGACAGGAUUCUGGCUCUACAGGAGAAGAAACGGGCUCUCAUCUCGGAAGCUCUUGACGAGCAGAAGGCGGGCGAAAUUGGCCGCCUUGGUGUUCAAGAGCUUGCCUAUCUCUUCGGCGUAACGCACGACCCAAGCGCCAGAAUCGAGUAUAGAGAGCGCCAGAGACGUUGA